CCACGAAGCGUUUUUAUGAGUCGGUAUUGAAACUAGGCCACACCAAAGUGCCCGCUCGUAGCGCCCUCUCACAAUGGCUUCAGAUGGACCGCCUCCAGAUGUUUCAACAUAUUCCCCAGUACCGGCCAGUACUUACAGCUUGAAGGAAAAGAUCAAAGUGAUAUUCUUGGAGGAGGCACAGUAUCUGUACCAAACAUUUCUCACCGUCAACUCCGUGUCCCUCAAUGGCACCCUGUCCAUCAGUAUUAACGGAAAUGAAGAAAUAGGCGUAAUCGAAGUCUCUGAGACAACAGAAAGAAAUUCCUUUGGAGAGGCAUACCCUGAUCAACAAUAUGGAAGCAGCACUGCUUCCUCUUAUUCCAGUGCCGGUGUUCCAACACAGAAAGACGGCAGCCAGGUCACUGGCAUGUCAAAGUUGGCCAAACCUUUCCCUGCGCUGCCUCCGAAGCAGAAGGCCUUUGACAAGAGCUGGUUUGAUAAAGUUACCUCCCUUGGGAGACUGGAACUGAUGAGGAAGUAUGACAGAGCAGAUGAGGAUGCCCUGCCCCCUGAACCAAAGAAUCGGACAGUUGGCAGUCCAACCAUAGAUGUAAGAUGGACAGGAUCUGUCGCCAGUGGGUCUGCAGGCACAAGCCAAGACCAUCCAAUCAGACUGAGUGCAGAGACGCCGAUAAAUGACCUAGCAGUAUCAGAGGGCAUCAAACCAGAACUUGAACCAGAUCCAGAUGAGGACUGGAUGCUGGAUGAGGACAAUGCUGAGGAGGACCAUGAGGACAAGAAGGACAAAGACUACCUGCCAGAGAUAGGAGAAGAGUCUGCUGUUGCUGAUGAUGCUGAAGAGGAAGAUGUUAAUGAUGAAGAGGCAGACAAUGACGAAGAGGCAGAUAAUGAUGAAGACUGGUUGGAGUCCAAACGGAGAAGUAAGAGGAAGCCUGCUUUAAAGAGGAAGGUGCCGACAAAAUCUGUUGUUCCCAAGAAGAGAGGAAGAAAAACUGCUGCCAAACUAUCACUGAAAAUUAAGUUGAAACAGCUGACAUCUGUGAAGCCCAAGACGAAGGUGAAGAAAGAUUCUAAGAAGGAGCAACAGCAUCCAAUACCUGCUGACCUAACAUGCACACUAUGCCAAAAGAAGUUUGAUACUAAACGAGCAUACAAAAGACACUCUGAUCGGCACUGGAAGAGCUUUCAGUGUGAUGAGUGUGGGAAACCAUUCUCCUCCAUGGAUUCUUUGACACAUCAUAAACGAGGCCUCCAUAGCUCCACAAAGCCGUACUCAUGUGAAGAGUGUGGAACGACGUUUAACUUCCACCACAGCUACAAGCUCCACAUGAGGAAGCAUCGUGGUGAGCGUCCUUACCAAUGUGACCAGUGCCAAAAGUCUUACCUGACUGCAACACACUUGAAGGCACAUAAGGAGGCCAUCCAUGAGACCGGGACUAUGAGUCAGUUUGUGUGUGAUACCUGUGGGAAGACCUUCACUUACAGGAACAGCCUCAAGACUCACCAGAUGAUCCAUACAGGGGAUCGGCCGUACAAGUGCAGCAUCUGUGAGAAAGGCUUCAUCACUAGACAAGCUCUAAAGACUCACGAGGAGUCGUACCAUGUCCAGGAGAGAAACUUCCAGUGUGAUAUCUGCUUGAAAUUUUAUAAGUCUGAACAUCUGCGAAACGUCCAUCGGCGGCGUCACACGAGUGAUGUGAACAGGUUCAUGUGUGACAUCUGUGGCCGUCAGUUCAUGUUCAAGAGUAACCUAGAAGCUCACUCAUUUGUUCAUCAGGAUGAGCGGCCAUUUGUUUGUAGCGUCUGUCAGAAGUCAUUCAAGUGCAUGUCCUCCCUCUACACCCACCAGUACACCCACAAGACAACCACACCAUUCAAAUGUGGCAUUUGCACAAAGACUUUCAAGACCAAGAACUGCUGCAAGGCUCACGAGAAACGCCACAACGCCAAGAAGAACUUCAUGUGUUCAACUUGUGGGGCCUGCUUCCCGGACAAGGGCGGACUCACCAAACACAUCAGGACCAUCCACUCUCCUCAGAAGCAGUUUAUUUGUAAGCUCUGUCGGAAGGUUGGAACUAGAGCAGACAACAUGAGGACCCAUAUAAAGAGUCAUGGCAAAGAACUUGGUGGACUGGAUGCAUCUGAAUUCAUUGUAGAAGUCCAUACAUCCGGUGAUAAUGCAGAUAUUCAGGAAAUAGCCGAGAAGUCAUUAGACUUGUCUCGACAGAUGCUAUCCAAAGCUGAAACAGAUGUUCAGCUUCAUGCUCCAAAGCCAUCAACACAGACCCAGGAUGCAUCGGUGUACCCACAUACCCACAAUCCAACCUCAAUCCACCACAAUCCUCGGGGUGUUAACAUGCAGCUGCCCAUCAACUACCACCCACCUCCAGUCUCCCCACCCCUCCCUGUGUACCAAGCACCUGUGUCUCCCGGCGCCCAGGUGUACCAGGCCCCCAUGUCACCAUCAGCAGGGAUGUAUCAGCCUCCCCUUUCACCCAGGAACUACCCCUGCCCACCCUCACCCCACAGAGAGCGCCCCUCCCACCACAUGGUGAACCCUGGACAUACUCAUCAGCCUGACCCGGUGCAGACUGCUCUAUGUCAGCCCCACACCUUGCAGCCGAUGGUGACGGUCUCGUCUCAGCUUCAGCCGCUCCAUCCACCAAACAAUCCCAUGCCUGCUCAUCUUCGCAAUCAUGACCAUGGUCCACCUGUGUUCCCACCUCAGCACCCACAUGGACAACUUGGGGGUGAAGGUCACCAUUCAGCAGACAUGUAGAUGUUCAAGGUCAAUGAGUAGAUGACUUGUGAAACAAGUUGUAGCCAGGUUGAAGUGAAACAGAUUUUUAAGUAAGGUCAAGGAUGAUGUGUAGUAGACUUGUGAAACAAGAUCAAGGUUCAUGUGUAGAAUACUUGUAUAACAAGGUCAAGGUUGAUGUGAAGCAGACAUGUAAAACAAGGUCUGUGAGCUGCACACUUUUGACAAAGUCGGUGUGUACACAGACGUGUAAAGCAGAUGAGGGUUGAUGUGAAGCGGACAUGUAAAAACUAGGUGAUGGGGUGGCAGACGUUUUUUCAAAGGUCAAAGUUUAGUGAAUCUAAUUCAUAUUCAAGAAGCAAGCUUCACACAUUGUAACAAUGUUGGGAAUUGAAUCCAGACUUUUGGUGUGACAAACUAACACUUUAACCACUAGGCUACCCACUGCCCCCUUAUGAAUCAAAAGAAAUGUUUAAGAUAUAUAGCUUAAUGUGACAGAAUAUCCUUGCAAUCAAGUCUUCUGCUCUUUGCGGAUAUUUAUGACACCUCCAGAGGACACCUUUCGAAGAGCCAAUCAGCUCCGAGGCUUCUACGUUCUUUGUAAGUGUGAGCAAAAUAUCCAGAACAGCAUAUUUCUGUUGGUAGAAAACAAACUUUAAAUCACCAUUUCUGAUUGUCUCCUUUUCUUAUUGUCUUAAGAACCCUUCAUUUUGAUUGGGUGAUCAAUAGGUCAUAGAGGGUUCACCUUCGACCAUAUAUGGAGAUGUCGUGAGAUCUUCACACUGACGCAUGAGAUAAAAUGUCUGAUUUUUAUGAGGUGUCUGGUUUGGGAAAAUACGGACAGAAGGAAUGGCAUCAGUCAUAAUUCACAAGGUCAAGGUCAUGAGCUUCAAGGUCAUUCUAAACCUCUGAAAUAUAUACCCAGUACAUUGUUUUAAUGCUGAUAAUCAGAUCCAUUGUAAAUGUUGGGUUCCUGGCAUUUUUCCGUGGAGUGUGAGCAAGAGGAGGUUUAAUUUAUUCCAGACAUUUCAGGACCGGUCACUGUGUCUUAUACUCACAGUUGGAUGUUUUUAUUAUUAAACAAUUCUUUAAAGAAAUAAUUUCUGCAUGUUUUCUGAUGUCACCUGUCACUGUUCUUUUGGAUUUCCAUAUUUCCUAUAUAUUUGGCACGUUUGGUGCUUAGUGUGUGUGUGUAUGUGUGUUUUGGGUGAGGGGGUGGAUGGUUAUCAAAAUCGUACACAGUGAGUUAAAAGUGAUUCCGAGCUUGUGCAGAGGCAAAAAGAAAAUUAAUUCAAUCUUAGAUGACAGUACAACUGUUUUCAUAUACGGUUACUGGGCAUACAACUUCUGUGCUACUUUUAUUUUUUUUAAAUCUGUAAAGUAGAAAAGAAAAUGUUUAAUAACAUGUAAAUUUUCAAUAUUUGUAAGGGGGCAUAUAAGAAUUACUUACUCAUUGGUCUAGAAGUUAAACAGUGGGUGUUUAUUAGUGUAUAAUAUGGUACGUGCGUGUUAUACCUCAUCUCGAGUGUUAUACCAUGUGAAAGUUGUUACUUAAUAUGUUUGCUUAUCUAUGUUUGUGAUCACCAGCAGGAGUGUGCAGCAUCACAUACUGCAGCCAUUGACAUUCUCCUAAGAUGCUUUUAUAAAUUUUACUUCAGUGAAUUUCUUAAAGAAAAUUCAUUAAUCAUCAAUACGAAUGAUGUAAAAUGUUUUUUUCAAUCAUGCUUAUGUAUUGUCUGCUAAGCAGCAUGUUGUAGUGUGGUGAUGUUGAACCAAUUAUGUGGUUAUAUAUACUUUAUAGUUAACACAGUGCAGUUUGAUUUUGUUCAGCCAUCAUAUAGCUGAAAUAUUGCUGAGUGCUGUGUAAAACUUAACUCACUAAACUAUUUUGUAAUGUUAAAUUAUUUGAAGAGUGUGGGAAAUGACCUGGUUACAGUGAUAUCUGUAUAAACAUAAUUAUUGUGAUUGUAUUUUUUUGGUAUAUUGUAGACAGAAUUAUUUUGCAAACUGAAUAACAAUGUUUGCAGUUGAAUAAGGAAGACAUCCUGGAACAACUUUAAACUGCUUAAGAAUCCAUUGUCAGUCUACCAGAACUGAAACUUAACUUACUUCUUGAUGAAAGUGUGCUGAAUAUAUUAGUGAGUUUAUAUUUUAACUUAAACAGUAAUACAUUGCUUAUGUGUGUAGACCAAAUCAAGGCUUUAAUCAGUAGAUACAGAACAUUGUCACACAUGCUGAAUAUUGUUGCCAUACACGUGUUCUAUUACGUUGAUCUACCCAAUACCGAUACAUACGGGGAAAGGGGUCGACUUAUAUUACAUGGUUUUGGCAAGAAUUUAGAGGGUUGAGAAAGGGGCCCCGACUUAUAGUCAGAUCCGACUUAUAGUCGGUCAUAUACGUUACAUGAUUGGUGUGGCCACCCUGUUUGUCCUGGGUACCAUUAUCUAUAUUUAUACUGCGGAGAUAAUCAGUGAUUUCUAGUGAGUAGCUUUCAUCAGGAAGCUGUUGUUAGUUCAGAUAUUCAGUUCAGUUCACAUCUCAUAGUCUGUCAUGCAAGUGCUGAAGGGAGGUAACCCUUCUCACCUUGCCUGCCAUAGUAUGUAUGGUAUAACUGGCAGCUUGGGGUACGAAUACAUUGCUCAUGUGAAAAUAUAUACAAAUUAAUGUUUGUGGAAUCAGAAGUAAACCCUGAAAUGUGAGUAAAUAUGGUUUUAUGCCACUUUUAGCAGUAUUCCAGCAAUAUCAAGGCGGGGGACACCAGAAAUGGGCUUCACACAUUGUACCCAUGUGGGAAAUCAAACCCGGGUCUUCAGCAUGACGAGCGGACGCUUUAACCAUUAGGCUACCCCACCGCCCCUUGAAAGGUGAAACAUUUCAAAUUCAUUCUGUAAAUAUACCUAGCGUAGUAGGUAUAUUAUUGGCCUAAUUUUACCGCAGUACUUUUUUCUUAAAGUAUUGCUAGUAUAUUUGCUCUAAUAGUUUGUCUGAAAUGAUUUAAAGAAUGCGUUCGCAUGAUUGCAUUGAUUUGUGUUAAACUGAUACAUCUUUACAACCUAUGCUUUUCUUCAUCAACCAGCUGCCAUAAUAUAUAUUUCUUAGAUCAUGAUAUCACAACGUUUCACAGAUGACAUUAAAGUUAGAAAUGAAAGAUUCACAUGAGUUAAGCUUGAUAUGAAUUACAGAACCUUUCUACAAGUGCUGUAAUGACACUAAGUGUAACACAACAUUAAUCAUGAUCAAGACAAAUCCUGUAAGUAUACAUACAUUCUUUGAUAUGUAUGACAAACAUCAUGCAAGGCGAUAACAGUCUUGAACCUAGUCACAUGACUAAUUUGUGCAUAAGUACACUGUGUACACAUUAAAAUGGCCUUGUUGAUAAGGCCACUCUUAAACAGGCCAUCAAGUGACCCUUAUUUCGUUUUGCAGAUGUGUCAGUACUACAACAUGUGUAGCUAUACAUUUACACUGUUCAUGGAGGAAGAUGGUUUACACAACCUGGGAACUUUUGAUAAUGAUGUGGCUGGUUCUUGGUUCUAAAAUGUGCAAAUAAAUUUAAUCAAAGUUUUAACUCUCUGUUAUGUCACGAUUUAAUUGUGACACAACAGUGUCGAGGUGAACCUUCACGUCUGAGUAUCUGUGGAACAUGUCUAACAAAUUACACAGAAACGUAGUCAUUCCUCAGACCACAUCAUCCAUAAUAUAUCAGUGCACAUUAGAAUUCUUCAAUCCGAAUUUCUGGAUGGUGAGUGGCAACCAUAUUUUAUUGAAACGUUGCUGAUAAUCACUUGUUUGACUGUAUGAUUGUUUAAUUUAUAAAUCGGGGAUGAAUGAAUCAACAUAUGCUUGCUUUGUUUAAAGACUUCCAGUAUUUGAAAAUUAACACGAUCAGAUGAGGACAUGUUAUAUUUGGGAUUACACUUUCUCAGUAAAGUACAGGUUCUAGUACUUUUGUUUGGUUGAGUCCUAUGUGGGAUUCAAACCCACAUCCUCAGA